CGCGACCCGGGAGACGAGCCCCUCCGACACGCCCCGCCCUGUUCACGCCGUCCAGUUCACGCCCUCGUCACUCCGCGAGCAGGUGUCUGUGUCCGUCACGCGAGCGGCCGAGUGAAGGACGACCAGGGUUAUAUAAAGGCGGCGUGUGUCCAUGUGGAGAGUGUAGUGUGGCGUGUGGUGGCGAGCGGCGCGGUGUGAGGCUGUGAGGAUCUGUCUGCUGCUGCUGCUGCCGCGUUUGUCUGUCACGCCCCCACAGCAUCCAUCUAUCCAUCCAUCGGCCCGGGAGCAUCACGACACACACACUUACGCACGCACGCACACCUCGCCGGCACCUGUCAACACACGUUGGCGGCAUGGCGUCUGAGCCCACCAGUCCCACUACGCCCUCCUCUCCGACUGAUGACUCGGAGGCGACCAAGGAGUGGCUGGAGACGAUCCUGGAGGGCUACCACAAGUCCCUAGUGCCUGACGCGGACCCCGACGUGGAGCUCGGGGAGUGGAGCGUGAAGCCAGCCAAUGAUGAGCGGGAGGGGUACCUGUCAGAGCAGCUUGCCCUGGGUGUCACCUACACAGCUGCCGGCCGCCCCUACCACGCCCACCUCCUGGCCAAGCUGCUCCCACAAGAUCCCUUCAACCGAGCUUUCGUCAUUGAGUCACUCUUCGACCUCCGGGAGAUUAAGUUCUACCAGGAGAUCAAACCAGCAGUGGAGGCAGUGGAGCGCAAGUACCUAACAGAGGAGGACCUGGAGAGCAGCUGGACCCCAGACCUGUACUUUGCCAAGCACAAGGAGGCUGCCGAAUCCAUCCUGGUGCUGGACGACAUGUGCCAGCACGGCUACAAGGUGCCGGAGCUGACUGAUGGCAUGACGUCUGCACAGACGCGUGCUGCUCUGGUGACAUUGGCCAACUUCCAUGCUGCCACAGUGGCCCUGCAGCUCAAGGAAGGCAAGAACCUGCAGGAGGAGUUCCCUUACCUACUGUCAGUGGACCAGGCUGUGGAGUCCUUCAACUGUCUGGUGGAGCGUGGGUUGCCUCUCCUUCUCAAAUUCCUGGAGUCCCGCAAGGACCAGGCACAGGUGCGGGAGGGCUUGACUCGCUACUCCGGCCCACGGGCGGCCCAGGUGCUGCGGGAGGUGCUGGCCCCCUCAGACAAGCUCAACACGCUGGUGCACUGCGACUUCUGGUGCAACAACCUGCUCUUCAAAGAGGUGGAGGACGCUGCUGCCCGCUGCUGUAUCAUUGACUGGCAGAUGGUGAUGUAUGGGCGGCCAGCCAUCGAUGUGGCCCUGCUCCUCACCACCUCCCUGGAGCCAGCUGAGAGGCGGAAGCAUGGCUCGGAGCUGCUGACUGCCUACUGGGAUGCCUUCAUGGCCCGGCUGUCCAAGUUUGGCAUUGAGAGUAAGGCACUCAAGUACACCAAGCAGGACCUGGAGGGAGACUUCCGGGCAGCACAAGCCAUGGCGGCACUAGUGGUGGUGGGCAGCGUGGACAUCGCCCUCGGCACCCCAGGCAGGGAGGAGCGAGUGCUCAACCUGCUGGCAGAUCUCCUGGAGCAGGGUGUAUUAUGAGGUGUGCAAGACAUACCUCCCCCAUGGGACGGACAUAACAGGAAGCCACAGGGCAGCAGCCAACGCUUGAUAAGACGACCACACCAGGCUCACCUAGCAGCAGAGACUUAUGUAUCAAAGACACGCAGUAUUUGAAAUGAGCGGUUGGACUGUGACACCCCAAUCCUCCAGAACCAAAGCCAAUAUUUGCCAUGCCAGCCAUCACCUCACACCACAGCUACUCACAUCUUGACCACCAUGAGUAGGGUGCUGGGAAUUCCUCCAUUGUUCAGACAGCCGAGGAGUUUAUGUCAAGAGAACAUUAUGAGGAUAUGCACAUAACCAAGACAAGGCUGCCACACCAUCCAGACACCUCAGAGUGCUCCUCACCUCUGCCUCAUGCCACUUAGCCACACAUACUCAGCUGUCUCUUGGAGCAAGUCACUGCUACUCCUGUGAAUCUUGAUAUCCUGGCCACCACAUGGAAAAUAUGAAAAAAGAAAGAAAAAAGUGAGUGGAUCCCCAGCCUAGCACCAUCCUUGACUAGAACAUAGAAGACAGAUAGCAAAUAUAAGGAUGGCACAUGGUAUGGAUGGAGGGUAGAACAUGCAAGACAGUUACCAUCAAGAUUGCAUGUGGUACAGUGCAGAACAUUCAUCCAUACUUCACUUACAUUAUUUUGCACACUUCACAUUUCUUGAAGAUUAUUGAUGCUGUAUUUUUUAUUUGUAAAAAGCUGUUAUCCAUUAAUGAAUUUGACCUUAUGGUGGUAAUCCAUGUUUAAGAUUUUUUUAUACAUAUAUUUUUGUGUGUAUAUGACUAUAUUUAUAUUGCCUUCCCCAACAAAUAGCCACCACAUCUAACACCACCACCACCACCACCACCACCACCAGUUUCCCUCAAAGUCACCUCUGUGUGCCCACAACUGCUGGAAUGCAGUGUUGCUGAGUACACCCAAGUGUGUGUUUGGCUUUGGUUAACUUAGUCAUUGUGGUCAAGGGCUGCCAGACAUUUUUCUCUGUUAUUAAUUAAUAGUUUAGGAGGAAGUGAUUUUGUAUGGUGUGCAGUGGUGGCUGUGUGUGGCAUCACCUGCACCAGUACUGUGCUUCCUCCACAGCACCUCUAAUGUGUAAAGAUAUAAUCUUGAAAGGAUGAGCAUAUAAAUUGUACAUACUUCAGGAGCCACCCCAUGAAAACCAGUAUCUUUUUCUCUGCUAUUUGCCUUACAGUAUUUACACAGACAUAUGAAUUACACACAUGAAAACUUAAAAAGAGUAUUUUAGGAGUGUCCUCAAAGUUCUGUCAUUAUGUUCAUCUUCAUAACCUGAUGAACCUCACUCUGCAUGCCAACUCUGUGCAGGGAAUCAGCCAAGACUUGAAUGCCCUUGAGCUGCUGUUGCUGUGUCUUUCUUCAUACAGCCCUGGUCAAUUCAAGUACUUCCAUAUUCACUUCUGCUGCACCUUAUGUCUUCCCUCCAUGAUCUUAGAAUCCCUCACUUGUCAGGUUAUCAGGUGGGAUGUUAACAGACUUCUGACUGUUACUAAUGGACAACUAAGGAGCACCACAAUCCCUGAUCUCUUUCUUAUUUCUUUCUCUUUCUUUUUUGUGUAACUUGUAAGCCAAAAGCACCAGAGAGACUUGCUUUUCACUGGGUGGCUCCAGACACAUGACUGGUUCAGUCUGUGUGGGUGGUGGACAUGUCGAGCUUAAGGGAGGGCAGGAGUGUACUGAGGGAGCAACACUAUUUGUACUCUGAGUCUAUAAUGUAGUCUAUAUUUCAGGUCCUCUUAUUAGAAACUUGCUGUCAUGCCAUUCUGUUGUAGUCCACUCUUUGUGAGGUUUAUUGUACUUGAAUCUGAUAAUCCAUUGUGACAUAUUUCUUGUAAGAAUGAUACAGCCAAGUACACAUGUAAAUCUCUCUCUCUCUCUCUCUCUCUCUCUCUCUCUCUCUCUCUCUCUCUCUCUCUCUCUCUCUCUCUCUCUCUCUCUCUCUCUCUCUC